CACUAAAAUCCAGCGACUGCGAUCAGUAGAUGCACGAUUCAUCAAAGAGGCAAGAACUUCCGAUAUAUUGUAGAGUUGGGUGUGUAAUUUAUUUAUAAAAGAUUUUGCAAUAGCCCUACGGAUGAGUGAUUUUAUUAUUAAUUUAACUGAACGUUGAUCGGUGCUGUGUGUUUAAAUGCGAGCAAGUUACAUAAGGAGAUAACCAUGAGCAAAAUAUGCGCGAGGUGUGAAAAGACCGUAUAUCCGACUGAAGAACUCAAGUGCCUAGAUAAGAUUUGGCAUAAACCAUGUUUCAAAUGCAAAGAAUGUGGAAUGGCCCUCAAUAUGAGGAAUUACAAAGGAUUCAACAAGGAACCGUAUUGCGAAGCACACAUACCGAAGGCGAAAGCGACGACAAUGGCCGAAACACCCGAACUGAAACGCAUCGCCGAAAACACAAAAAUUCAAUCUAACGUAAAAUACCACGCAGAUUUCGAAAAGAGCAAAGGCAAAUUCACCCAAGUGGCUGACGACCCAGAAACCCUCCGAAUCAAACAAAAUACGAAAAUCAUCAGUAAUGUCGCCUACCACGGCGAGUACCAACGCAAAGCCGAGAUGGAACAGCGCCGUCAAUUGAACGAAAACGGCUACACGGAGAAAAACAAAAAUGCGUAUACGAGCGACGUGAAAAACGCCAACCAGAUGCCGCCGCCACCUCAGCCCCAGCCACAGCCUCAGCCUGUCGCUAACCCCGCCAUCGGGAAGAUAAGCGACUACGAGCCCGGCUCAGGGCAGUUCACAAGCCCCUAUUCGGCGAGGAACUCGCAGACGCUGAUCUACUCCUCGGAUAUGGGGUCGGUUAACAAUCCACCACAGAGACAUAUUGGGUCGGUGCACGACUUGGACCCCGUCAAUCAUAAUUACGGCUCACUAGGGCGCGUCUACAGGGCCAUGUACGACUAUGAGGCGCAAGACGAUGACGAGGUCAGUUUCCAAGAUGGUGACCUAAUUGUCAACGUGAGCAGCAUCGACGGAGGGUGGAUGACGGGGGAAGUACAGCGUACGGGCCAAGUCGGAAUGUUACCAGCGAAUUACGUGCAACUGGUCAAUAUUUAAGAACAAAAUAUAUAUAUUUUUAGAAAUUGGAAAAUUGUGUGCAGCCACUGCUUGCCAUUCGCUGGAUUAAUCUCUUUUUUUAUUAUUUAAAGGAAAUUCAUUCUGGAAAUUUACAUUCCGGGUUUUUUUACAAAUUAGGGACCAAAAGUGCCUUCAAGCAUUAUUUUUGAGACUAUUUACAAAUAUUUUUAUAUCAUGUUUAUGGUAUUUUUGAAAAUGUUAUUGACAAAGUGCUGGUGCUUCGUCAUGUUUAUUGUAUUAGUUACGAUUUCGUAUUUGAUUCUAGGUCGUUGAGGGUAUGGAUUAAAAUUAAUUAUAUGAAAGAGAAAGAACUGAUAAAAUUCUAUUUAACCAGUUGCAGAACUGAGUAAGAGUGAUUUGGUUAGAAACUGGAUAUUAAAAGGAACUAUUUCUAAUAAUAUUAAUUUACAAGCUUAACAGAUUUCAUGGAGCUUUUUCCUGUAGUCAACGACCUCUCUUAAAUUUCACAAUUGAUAUCAGAACUGUAUAAAAUACAUAAUUCCAUAAUUUUUGUAAACCAUGUAUAUUAAUACCCAAUUAUCUUAGUUAACAAAUUUAUGCUUUAAUUUUCUGAAAAAGUUACUGUACAUGUUAAAUAAAACUAAAUAAUAUCA